ACGUGAAGAAGAAGAAGGAACAGCAUUAUGGGAAAGAAACAAAUGUUUAUAGACUACGUUAAAUUUGAAUAUAUUUAUAUAUAUUAAUAUUCUGAUAGUUGUAGCAAUUGAUAUUUUAGUUUAUUGCUAUAAAGUUAAGUUGAAAUAGCUCUCGACGUGUUUCCGCUAGCCUCUGUUAGCCCUCUAGCUGCAGUUAGUCGCUUCAGAUUGAUUUUACUCGUAUAAAUGUCUGUCAGACGGGCUCUGGUGGACUGUGCUGUGUUGUCUCUGCAAGAUACGUGUAUUUUUUAUCCCUGCUGUAAAGGCUGUUUCUCACGAAUUGAGGUUGAACAGCAGGACACAACGAGAUGCAGAUGCUCCAAGUGUGGUUAUAGUUGUCUGAAGGAACAGCUGGAUUACAGAUAUCGUCUGUCUCUGAAGGUGGCCCGGGACAGGUGCAUAUUUGGUGUGACAGUAUUUGGAAAUAGCCUGAACCCAUUCUUUGGCAUCGAUGCAAGUGGAUUACAGAAGUUAGUGGAAAAUGUGGAUGGACCAGUCGUUCCAUCAACUAGAUUCACAUUGUUGUUGAAGGCUGUCAAGGACUGUUUCAUUGGCAGACAUUUCAUCUUUGGUUUGAAGUCAAAAACACAAAGUGGCCCAUGGUUUGGUGAUCCUGUUCCAAAUGGCUCCAACGGUAAAGACUCAGCCCAGUUUGUCGCCAGCCAGAUGAUUCUUCCCAAAACUACGGGUCUGGAAGGCUGCACGGUGGUCAGCUAUUAUCGGAUUCUUCUUCAGAAAGCUUCGGAAUUUGAACUGGGAUGUGUUGAUCACAACAAAACUCCCAGACCUCCAGAUACAACCCUGCUGAUCAAUCCUGAUCAUUCUCCAACCAGCAGCUUUAAUGUCACACUGUCUGCCUCUGAUCUUCCCUCCCAGUCACCAUACAGAUCUUUGCACAGAGACUGCACCCGCACUCCCUUUUCCGUGUGGGAACAAUCACUAGGAGUAAUUACUUCAUCGGCGGAGCAGGAGGAAGGCUGUAGUACCCAGGAUAGUGGAGAUGAGAGCAGCAGACAGAGAGCCAAUAGCACAACACCACAUCCGGGACCCAGACGUUUACUGGAGAAGCAUAAAGUCACAGAAGACAGACCUCCACUGCUCCCUUUAGAUCACAGUUUUUAUAGCAGUCCAUCAUUUGCCAAAUACCCAGACUUGUCUCACAUUGAAUGUGCUGCAAAUAGCCCCAACCUGAACACUCGCGUUAGUCCCGCGAAUGAGUUUUCCCGCAGAACAUUUUUGUCAAGCUCAUUGGCUUGGGAUGAUUUGCCAUUCUCAGAGAGUCUUACAGAGUUUUUAUGCAAAGAAAACAAAGAAACUGUAGAAAAUAACCUUGAAACCACAAACGUAACAGUUGAAUCAACUUCUGUAUGCCAAAGAAAAGCGCAUGUAUCAGGCAGCCAAUCACAGAUAUUACUGGACAUCACCAAUACACGUGCACCAACUGGCAGCGACAGUCAUGAUUUAUCUGAUCAGGUAUGCAAAAGUCCUGUGGAAGGUUUUAGCAGGAGUCUGAUAUGUUCCUGUGAGUGUAAUCAGGAGGGUGACAAAUCUAGUUCUCUGUGUUUUCACAAGGAAGAUGAAGAGCACCCAGGAGGGGACACCUACAACUGUUCAGCAGACCUAUUCAGUAGGUCACUCUACAACUCUACAAGCACAGAGAUGCUCAGCCCACAUGCAGAACCUGUGAGGACCACCACAGAAGCAUGCACACCGUUUUCCACCCAAGAUGAAAAGCAGCUUGGGACUAAAAACACCACUGUCACUUACUCAACACCAGACACACAGAAACUGAAAAGUGGUGAGCGCUACAAGAGAGACAGUCUAGUACUACAUGGGGCUCAAGACUUUGACUUUGUCCCUCCCUCUCAGUCCACCCCCAUUGUAAAAGUAGGUGCUGUGCCACCUGUUUUUGGAAAUCUGCAUGAAGUAGACAGCAAAAAACAAACUGCAACAACAUCUGUUAACUGUCAAUUGAACAUUGUUCACACCAAUCAGCUGUGUCAGGUUGGCAGAGAGUCUACAAAAGAAAACUUGGCAUGGAACACGAAAUCCAGCAGACGCAGCUACAGGCUUACCCCAAAAAGGAGCUUCUGGAAACCAGACAAUCAUAGAUUCCAGGCUCAGCAACAGCAAAGCGUAGAAAGAGCGGUCCUAAACCUGGGAUCAACAGGAACGAUCAAAACCAAAUGUGACUCAACUGAUUGUAACGUAACUGUGUGUGAUUUUGAGCACAGUGAAGUAGCUGUUCCCCCCUCUCCUCCGGAGAGUGUGACGCUGAGACGAAGAAGGCGUACUGGUGACAGCAGGGGUAAUGUGGGAUUUGCCUGGGAAGGACAGCACGGAGAUGGAGUUUAUUGUAAAAGAACGCUUUUGGAUGGAACUCCCUCGUCAUCGUUCAAAAGUCUGGUCCAAGUGGGAAAGUGUGACAGUGAGACAGUUGAUGCGGGGAGUCUUGAUGGAUCUAAAGAUCUCCUCCUGGAUGAAGAGAACCACACAUGUGAUUGGUCUAGAGAUCUGUUCUCUGACUCCUGUCCUGUUGCAGAUUGACUUCACUACUUUUGCCAAGAAUUCAAGGUUUAAUCUAGUUUAUUUCCGAAAGACAAACUGAUUGUAUUGUUAAGAGUACGGCUGCUGUUGUCAUUACUGCUACGCUGCAUUACUCUGUGCAAGUUUGCACAAUUAAAUACUAAAGAUAGGAGAGGGACUGUCUCGCCGUGUCUUCUGCAAUUUGCACCGCGCCUGAAAAUGUAAUAAUUGACCAACUUCACCUCCCUCAUUCACUUAAUUUUGAGCAUUUCUAAAAGGUGCAUCAAAUGUAAUCAAACUGUUUCAGUACAUCAGAACACACUAAAUACACUGAAGAUCACAAUGUCCAACUUCAGCAUCUGACAUCGCUGAUGAUACAUGUGUCAAAGAAACUCAAUGCAAUCAUUUCCAAAAGUGUCUACGGCUACGAUGAAGCAAAUCCUAAUUGAUGUUGUAACAUCUCAUCUGGAAUAAGUCUAAUCUGCUUUUCAUGAUUGGUUGUUUGAGUGGAAGGAAAUAUUUAAGGCUUUAAGCCCCAGUAGAUGUGACGUGAAUGCUUUUUGCUGCUCUGCACUUUCACUGUUGCUUGUCUGUGAGGAUGAUAUGUGGAUUAUUAUUAUUAUGCUUAUUGUCCUGCAGCUGUUGCAACAUGUCAUAGACAAUAAUUAAAAUGCACACACAUUUGUUGCACUUAA